AUGGAAGGAUUAGGCUCGCGCCAAACCGGACAUGCAGAUUCUCAACGGCAGGACAAUUUUUUAAAUGUCGAACGAGGGAACAAUCAAGACAACCAACGAGAGGGAAGCGUGAACACCUCUUACACGAGUAAAAGCCGUUCAAAGGGGAAGGAUCAUGCAUCCCAUGAGCAAAAUGAUCGAAAGGCUUUACGAAAAGAGAUUGGCGAUUUGAAGAAAAAGUUACGCCGAGCACAGCAGAAACGUCCUUCACCCGGCUCGAGCUCUAACAGUGACGAGGAUAAUGAAUAUCGGCGAAGAUCAAGAACUCCUUCGAGCGAGACCUUUUCCUAUGAGGAAGAGAGGCCUCGUAAACGCAGCAGCAAAAGCCCAUCUUACCAAGGCCUGGCCAACGAUGCCAUGAGUAAGGCCCUGGAUCGCAUCUCCCAGUCGCCGUGUACACGUAGAAUAGAGAGGACAGUGCUUCCUCGGCGGUUCUAUCAACCAACGUUUGCCAUAUACAAUGGUCAGACCGACUCAGUGGAGCAUGAACCUGAGAACUAUUUAGACCAGCUCGUCCUAGAAGGGAAGCUGAGACAUCUGCUGCAUCGCUCUGAAGGAUGGCAAGAACCAUCAAACAAUGAAACCAGACAAAGUACGUUGAGGCCACCCAUUGGCACAAUUAAUGUCAUUCUCGCCGCACCUGGAAGGACAGGCUCUGUCCCCUUCAGGGUAAUGUCAGUGAGCAGUUUCCCGACUAAGCCAGAUGACAGGGAAUCCAAGAGGGCUAGAAUGAGCGCCACGCCAUUAAUCGGGUUUACGGAGGAAGACAAACAAGGAACUAUCCAACCCCACGAUGAUGCCUUAGUCGUUACGCUCAGAAUAGGAGGUUAUGACGUGAAAAUGGUGUCAGUUGAUCAAGGCAGCGCAGUGGAGAUAAUGUACCCUGAUUUGUAUAAGGGACUGAACUUGAAGCAGGAAGACCUGUCGCCAUACGAUUCUCCCCUGGUUAGCUUUGAAGGAAAGGUUGUCAUCCCGAGAGGCAUGAUUAGGUUGCCUGUGCAAACAGACUCAGAUGUGGUAGAAGUGAACUUCAUUGUCGUAGAUGCAUACUCCCCUUACACAGCCAUCGUGGCCCGGCCAUGGCUUCAUGCACUAGGGGCUGUGUUGUCAACCUUGCACCAAAAGGUGAAAUAUCCGUCAGGAGGUCAGAUCAAAGAGAUAAUAGGGAACCAGGGAGUAGCUAGGCAAUGCAUGGUGUCAGCAAUCUUGCGACAGCAGAAUUGCAUAACUUCCACUUCGGCCGAGAACGGCUUAUAA